UGUCAGCGGUGUAAACUGAGAAAGGACUGGGUGUGAGGGGGAGACAGACGCGCAGCACGCAGCGGACACGCAAGGACCUUUUAUCUGAUGCUUUUCCUCACACUUACGUUAAUCCGGUAAAGGAAACGAAUCGUUUCAUCCGGGUAUCUCGUCGGGUCUGCUUUUGUCCCCUAAGGCCAUUUUAUUUGGUUCUGUUCAUUUUAUUGUUGUUGUUAUCUGGACCGGGGGUUCGGGUGGAAGAUCCCGGAGGUGAUGAGUCGUCCCGAACCGCGUCGGCGCGUCGCUGUCCGUGGUCCUGAAUGAGACAGAGCCCUUGGGAGUCGGCGGAGAGGGGGUGUGGUCGGAGGUGUAUGCUGCUUAGUCAAGUGAGUUGAAAAUCUCAGAAGGAAUGGAAUUACGCGUGGGAAACAAGUACCGCCUCGGGAGGAAGAUAGGGAGUGGAUCCUUUGGAGAUAUCUACCUUGGUUCCAACAUUGCAACAGGAGAGGAAGUAGCUAUCAAACUGGAAUGUGUGAAGACGAAACACCCACAGCUCCACAUAGAGAGCAAAUUCUACAAAAUGAUGCAGGGUGGAGUGGGAAUUCCAUCUAUAAAGUGGUGCGGGGCAGAAGGAGACUACAAUGUUAUGGUGAUGGAGCUGCUGGGCCCCAGUUUGGAGGACUUGUUCAACUUCUGCUCCCGCAAGUUCAGCCUGAAAACAGUUCUGCUGCUGGCUGAUCAGAUGAUCAGUAGGAUAGAGUACAUCCACUCUAAGAACUUCAUCCAUAGAGACGUGAAGCCUGAUAACUUCCUGAUGGGGCUCGGAAAGAAGGGAAACCUGGUCUACAUCAUCGAUUUUGGCCUGGCCAAGAAAUACCGUGACGCCCGAACGCACCAGCACAUCCCCUACCGUGAGAACAAGAACCUCACCGGAACCGCGCGGUACGCCUCCAUCAACACCCACCUGGGAAUCGAGCAGUCAAGACGGGACGACCUGGAGUCUCUGGGGUACGUCCUCAUGUACUUCAACCUGGGUUCUCUGCCAUGGCAGGGGCUCAAGGCUGCAACCAAACGGCAGAAAUACGAACGCAUCAGCGAAAAGAAGAUGUCCACCCCUAUUGAGGUGCUCUGCAAAGGAUAUCCUUCUGAGUUUUCCACAUACCUGAACUUGUGCCGGUCUCUGCGGUUCGAUGACAAGCCAGACUACUCCUAUCUGAGGCAGCUCUUCAGGAACCUUUUCCACAGACAGGGCUUCUCGUACGACUACGUCUUUGACUGGAACAUGCUGAAGUUUGGGGCCAGCAGGACAGGGGAAGAUGCUGAGAGGGACAGAAGGGAAGGCAAAGAAGGCGAGGAACGAGCAGGACCAGGCCAAAGAGGAGCUGGAGGUCGAGCUUUGCCUCCUGGUCCAAACGCCUCUGCAGUCAACAGAGUAAGAAACGAGCCAGACACCGGCCCCUCGAAUCCAGCAGCACGUGGCGCCCAACCAUCAGGUAACCGCUCUCCUCAGGCAGGGAGAGCAGAACGAGCUGAGCGAGAGAGGAAGGUGGCCAUGAGACUUCACCGCGGGGCCCCAGCCAACGUCUCGUCCUCCGAUCUCAAUGCACGUCUGGACCAAUCGCACAUGACCUCAUCACAGGUCAAUGUGCCAUUUGAACAUCUGGCAAAGUGAGUUUCCCUUCAAUGGCCUGCAGGUCUGUGGCAGCUGAAGGGCAUCAAACACCCCAAACUUCUUCAAACGAAUGAAUGGAAAUGGUGAAUGAGUAAAGAAGGAUAAACGAGGAUUGAGAGGAUCGUUGUCCACGUGAGCAUGCCCAGAAACAGAUAGACUGGAUCAACCUUCACGCUGGAAACGUCUGGUUCUGCUUUACACUUUGCUGUCAGGCGGAGGGAAAGACUGGAGGAUCUCCAGACCCGCUUCACCUAUCUUCGUGUCAAGUCAGAGGCACCAACUGCAUAACAACAAUACAUCAAAGUGCACAAAAGAACUCUGUUUAAAUCCCUGGGGUUUACAUGUGGGUUAAUUUAAACUCAAAACGUUGCUUUCUGGUAAUUAUUAGAAACAAAAGUGUAGUCAAACAUCCUGAAAAACAAAUGCAGAACAGAGGAGAAGCUGCUAUGGAGACCAGUCAGAGAUCAGUUAGAUCAUUUCAUUGUCUUAAAUAUUUGUUUGAUUCACCCAAAAGAGUCUAAAUAGAUGAACCAUAGAGGAGAGGAGAGAGAUGAAGAAUGGCCGAGGGCAGAGCGGUCCCUGUUCUCUACCAAACUAAAGACAGAGACGUGGAAGACUGUGUGAUACGAUGAAGCCUUAGUCCAGCUUGUAACUCCAGGUAUGACAAGACUUGAGAAAGUUUAGUUAUCUUGGAAGCCAACAAGUCUGGUGUCACAUUUUUCUCUAUUUUGUUUUUCCAUUUUAUACAUCGUGUACAGAAAAGUGUAGAUAUGUUUCGCCAGAAUGUGACAGAUUUAUUUAUCAAAGAUGGGAUUGAGAGAAAAUACAAUAUUCUUACACCCUGAAGCAAAAAACUGUAAAUGAGUGAGUGUGUGUGUGUGUGUGUGUGUGUGUGUGUGUGUGUGUGUGUGUGUGUGUGUGUGUGUGUGUGUGUGUGUGUGUGUGUGUGUGUGUGUGUGUGUGUGUGUGUGUGUGUGUGUGUGUGUGUGUGGUUGAUCACUCUGACAGACGAUGACAGGAGGAACCAUGUAAACAGAAUUAAAAGUAUUUAGAUCAGACCAGUGUCAGUCUGGGUGAACAGGUGUUCUGUAUAUUUCUCUACCACGCUUCAACUUUCUAACUUGUGUAUAUUUUCUGACCCAAUAAAAAUAUACACACCCUCA